AUGAACGGUCGUGGAAGGAUCAAUUUUGGUGGACCGUCCAUAUCUACACAAAAAGCACCCAGCAGGUCUUCAAGUUCGACGAGCACGCAGAUUGACACACCCUCUGAUACCGAGAGUUGUCUUUCAUCUCAAGAUAUGCCGCCGAAAAUUAAUGUGAAUGGUAGCGUCAAUGGCGCAGCGAAUGGCAUGGAGAAAUUAAGUGUCAAUGGGGAGGGGAAGAAGAAGAGGAUUCCGAACAUCAGAAAACAAUCUAGCGCCAUGUUGCCACCCUUCAUAGUGUCUGCGCCAGGAAAGGUCAUUGUCUUUGGAGAACAUGCUGUCGUUCAUGGCAAGAAAGCUGUCGCAGCGUCGAUAUCCCUACGAUCCUACCUCCUCGUAACACCUCUUUCGAAAUCUAAGCGUACCAUCUCCCUCCGAUUCCCAGACAUCAACCUCUCACAUACCUGGGAUAUUAACGAAUUGCCCUGGAGCACUUUUGCCGACCCCUCAAAAAAGAAGUACUAUUACGAAUUGGUGACUGACCUCGAUCCUGAGCUUGUCGCCGCUCUAGAACCACAUCUCGAAAAUGUAUCGAAAGGAGCUUCUGAAGACAUGCGUAAAGUGCAUCGGAACUCGGCUUCCGCAUUUCUAUAUAUGUUAUUAUCAUUGGGAAAUCCAGAAUUUCCGGGCUGUCAGUACACUUUAAGAUCUACCAUUCCAAUCGGUGCUGGUUUGGGCAGUAGUGCAUCAGUGACGGUCUGUUUAGCUUCUGCCUUAUUGAAGCAGAUCCAGACGCUCGCGGGACCACAUCGCGACAUGCCUCCGGAUGAGGUGCGCCUUCAGGUGGAAAGAAUUAAUAGGUGGGCGUUUGUGGGUGAGAUGUGUAUACACGGAAAUCCUUCUGGGGUUGAUAACACUGUAGCAACGCAAGGGAGGGCCGUUGUCUUUCAGAGAUCAGAUUACACAAAACCUUCAAGGGUUACGCCCCUUUGGAAUUUCCCCGAGUUGCCAUUGCUUCUCGUAGAUACGAAACAGACGAAAUCGACAGCAUUCGAAGUUGCGAAAGUGGGCAACCUCAAAAAAGCACAUCCUGCUAUCACUGAAUCGAUUUUACACGCCAUCGAUAAAGUCUCUGAAGCUGCAGCCGAAUUGAUCUCGAGGGAAGAUUUUGACAGCGAUGAGUUGUCAAGUAUAGAGGAAUUGGGCAAAUUAAUGACGAUCAAUCACGGGCUACUGGUUGCUUUGGGCGUCUCGCAUCCACGGUUAGACAGGAUUCGGGAGUUGGUCGACCACAACGGUAUUGGUUGGACAAAACUUACAGGUGCCGGUGGUGGCGGAUGCGCCAUUACGCUUCUUAAGCCCGGAGUACCACAAGAGAAAUUGGAUCAAUUAGCGGAAACGCUAGAGGAGGAAGGUUAUGAGAAGUUUCAAACCACACUGGGAUGUGAUGGUGUUGGAGUUCUUAUGCCCGCAGUGCUCAAAAAUGGUAUCGACGACGAUCACGGAGGCGAGGAGAUUGAUCAAGAUAAAUUUUUGAACGCAGACGGGAUCGAAGGGGUAGAGGAAUUGGUUGGCGUGCAUGGAGAAGAUGGACCUCGAGAAGACUGGAAAUUCUGGAGAGUCGAAGAAUAG